AAGAAGUUGAGGGUGCGAGUGGGUGUGGGUUAUGGUUUUGGCAGAGACCACCAGGGAAGAGUCGAGUCAUGGGACUAAGAGCUCACCGAGUCUCGAGAGGCCCAUAUAAGCAGGCCAUUCCCUUCUUUCAUUUCGUCCCUCCCUCACCCCAUCGGCUCCAACCAUUCAAAGCUUUCCAGAGGACUUUCUUCCGAUUGACAAUCACUACCAACACGAACACUUCCUACAAAAAAAUCCUACUCCGGAAAAAUGUUGUUCAAGUACUUGAUGGCCACCGUUGCUCUUGCAGCCGUUGUGAUUAGUUCUCCCACCGAGCCUACGACGGUCGCCAAACCAGCGGACUCUUUGAGUCAAUGCGAGAAUGCCAUCACCCAAGUCAAGGAACCCGUGGUUGUGUCUUGCAAAGAGGGCAAAGUUGAGAAAGUCAAGUCUCACUUGAUCACGGUCCAAAAACCGAUCCAAGUCCUAUCCUUUACCUUCAGUUCUUCCUCGUCGAUCGUCAUCCAAAAGGAGGUCGUUACUAAGUACUCUCAGGAAUUCAUCAAAGUUCUCAUCAAGUUCCAAAGCGUCUUAACGGUGAUCUACAGUCACCCAAAGAUUUCAGCCGGCUGCACUGAGGUCUUUGCCAAAUUGGAUUCUCACUUCGACAGCAUUUGCACGGUCUUCAAGGAGAAGCAUGGCGUAGAAAUUUACAAGAUGAUCCAUGAGGAGUCCAGUAUCAACGUGACCGUCUGGGAGAAGACCGGGUUCAAAUUCCAGUCCAAGGGCGGUUACUCUACCAUCAGCCAUUAAACAACUCUCUCUCUCUCUCUAUCUCUUGCAAGCCCCCCUUCCGAGCUUUUGUCUCUUGUUCUUUGUUGGUCGUCGGUCAUGAUCUGCCGAUAUUCUUGAUAGCCUCAUUCACUGCCCUUCUUGUCUAACUCGAGACUAUUAAGUUAUCUGUCAAUGGAUUUUUUUUUUCAGCUUUCUUUUAUCUGCCCAUCUCGAUCAACAGUUGGUACUUGAGUCUUGCGAGCAUGUUCGCCACCUGUUGUGACGGCGCUGAGUUGCAUUGCAGAUCCUUGGAAGAAGGUAAAUUGGCAAGACGGAAUGCGCUGAGCCUGUGCCAAAUAAAUUGUCAAACUUCUACAUCGACUGCAAACCCCACUCUGAUACAUAGAUGCGUUUCGAAAAAAGUGUCAAUGAGAUUCUUCGAACUUAACCAAUUAGAAUAAAGAGGGACUCAGUCUAGCCAGGAGAUUCAUAGGCCCCCUA